CCACCACCCCCCCGCUCCGAAAACGCAAAAAAAAAAAAAAAAAGAAAAAAGAAAGAAAAAGAAAAAGAAACAGAGAAAAGCCAGCAAAAAAAAAGCCCCCCCCCCAAAAAAAAAAAAAAAAAGAAAAAAGAGCAAGCAACCCAGCAAACCACCCAGCCCAACAUUUCUUUUUUUUUCAUGGAGAGCAAAAACCCCAGGCAAGCGGAGGAGGACCGGGACUCCUUUGCGCGGAGACCUUUGCAUCAAAAUGCUGAUAGUUGAAAAGACAACUGACUACCCUUCGGCCGAGUACUCCCUGGUGGAGGAUGUAGCCCUCCACUUCACGUGUUUGAUGGACAGACUGAAUGAGCAGCGCCUCUUUCAGCCGGACCUGUGCGACGUGGACAUCGUGCUCGUGCAGCAGAAGAGCAUCUUCCCGGCGCACAAGGGGGUCCUCGCCGCCUACAGCCAGUUCUUCCACUCCCUCUUCACCCAGAACAAGCAGCUGCAGCGCGUGGAGCUGUCACUGGAGGCCCUGACCUCACAAGGCCUCCAGCAGAUCCUCAACUUUAUCUACACCUCCAAGCUGCUGGUCAACUCCUGCAAUGUGCAGGACGUGCUGAACGCAGCCGCCGUGCUGCAGAUGAACAACAUCGCCUCCUCCUGCCAGGACCUCCUUGACACCCGGUCCCUGAGCCUGGCCAUGGCUAGCGACAUGGCCCUGCCUCCUGAGAGCUGUGCCAACACUGUCCCCCCGCCCUACUACUGCGAGAUCAAGCAAGAGGUGGAUGCCCCACACCCCAAGAUCUAUGCCCGGGAAGGCAACGACCCCUACUCGGUGCGUGUGGAGGACGGGGCAGGUGGUGCGGCACUCCCUGCUGUGCCGGCCAAGCAGUACUACAAGGAGGAGAAGGACAGCUGUCCAGCCACCGUCUGCAAGAUGGAGGGCGAGGAGUCCGAGGAAGACCUGGACAGCCAGGGCUCAUACAACCGGGAGCAGAUCAUUGUGGAGGUGAACCUCAACAACCAGACCCUCAACGUCUCCAAAGGGAUGGAGGGGAAGCCAGCCACCAGCGAGGCUACUGCCGCGGCCACCGCAGUCAUGGGGCGGCCUGAUGGUGAUGGGCACGACUCUGAGGAGGAUGGGGAGGAGGAGAAUGAGGAAGGGGAGGAGGAAGAAGAAGAGGAGGAGGAUGCGGAGGCGGGGGAGGAGGAGGAGGAAGAGCACAGCGAGGAGGAAGACCUAGAGGAGACAACGGAAGAAGAGGAAGAGGAAGAUGAUGAUGAAGAUGCAUCGGAGAUGAAAAGGGAAAAGAGUGGGCAGCCCCGCAGACCCAGCCGGGCAUCCAAAGCCACCAAAUCUUCCAUGUCCACCAGGUCCCAGGAGAUGGCCAAGGUGGAAGAAGAGGAAGAGGAGGAAGAGGAAGGCCAGCGAGGGAGGAAGAGGAAGAAGGAUCAGGAUGGGUUGGGCCAGAAGGUGAAACUGGAGGAGAAGCAGCACUACCCAUGCAAGAAGUGUCCCCGGGUCUUUAACAACCGCUGGUACCUGGAGAAGCACAUGAACGUGACUCACAGCCGCAUGCAGAUCUGCGACAAAUGCGGGAAACGCUUCCUGCUCGAGAGCGAGUUGCUCCUGCACCACCAGACCGACUGCGAGAAGAACAUCCAGUGUGUGACGUGCGGGAAGGGGUUCAAGAAGCUCUGGUCGCUCCACGAGCACAACAAAAUUGUCCACGGCUACGCGGAGAAGAAGUUCUCCUGCGAGAUCUGCGAGAAGAAGUUCUACACGAUGGCCCACGUGCGGAAACACAUGGUUGCUCACACCAAGGACAUGCCGUUCACGUGCGAGACGUGCGGGAAGUCCUUCAAGCGCAGCAUGUCCCUGAAAGUCCAUUCGCUCCAGCACUCGGGGGAAAAGCCAUUUAAAUGUGAGAACUGCAACGAGCGCUUCCAGUACAAGUACCAGCUGCGCUCCCACAUGAGCAUCCACAUCGGCCACAAGCAGUUCAUGUGCCAGUGGUGCGGCAAGGACUUCAACAUGAAGCAGUACUUCGAUGAGCACAUGAAGACGCACACAGGUGAGAAGCCCUACAUCUGCGAGAUCUGCGGUAAGAGCUUCACCAGCCGCCCCAACAUGAAGCGGCACCGCCGGACCCACACGGGCGAGAAGCCCUACCCCUGCGACGUCUGCGGCCAGCGCUUCCGCUUCUCCAACAUGCUCAAGGCCCACAAGGAGAAGUGCUUCCGCGUCAGCAACCCCUUGGCCUCGGACACGGCCACCGCCGCCGCCAACAGUGGCCUGGCCGCCCCCCAGCCGCCCGCCGGCUCGCCCCAGCUGCCCCCCGGCGCCUCGCCGCACGCCCACCCCCACCCCCUGCCGCUGCUUCAUCCCCUCCCACAGAGCCUCCCUCCUCCUCCUCACCUACCGCCACCGCCUCCCCUCUUUCCCACCGCCGCUGCCGGCAGGGUCAACGCCAACAACAACUAGGCAGGAGCCGCGCGGACUGGACCGCCCUCUGGAAAACACCUUCACCGCGGAGCCCUCUCUAUCCCCCUUUCUCCUGAUUUCAGGGUUGUUUUGGGGUUGGUUCUUAUUUUAUUUUUUAUGUUUUUUUUCUUUUUUUUUUGUCUUUCUUGGCAGAGAGGUGAGCUCUGGGCCAGAGCUAGCGCCGCGGGAAGAGAAGCCCCCGAGGAGGGGGGAGGAAGGGGGCACACGGCAUCUGUCCAUAAGGGUGUAGAUAAAAGGCGUAGCUCAGCCCCAGCUUUCACCCUGCAUGAGGUCCUUCCUGGGCAGGCAGGUUGGGAAAUGUCCAGCCAAGGAUUCUGGCCUGCUUUGAGGUGGAUGUGCAGUCCUUGUGUCCUCCAUCACUAGGUGGACAUCCCAGCCACCACGACCAGCAUCUCCCUGCAGAUCAUCUCCAUCCCCCAGGCCAGUGGAGGCGGGAGGGAUCAUCCGAGGCAGGUUCCCACCCAGAGCUAGCUUGGAGGAGAGCGUCGGGGUGAGGACCCCAGCCCCAGAGCAGACAGAGAGGUCAGUGGCGGUGCGUGCCAGCUUGCUAUCCUGAUGCCUGCAUCGGUAUUUAUAAGAAGUGGAAAUCUAGUUAGCUGGUGCUUGAAUCACUGUACUGUAAAGCUGGUCUUUCAAUCAGGCUCUUCAGGAGAAUCAUGGCCCAUGGAGGAAUUACUUGCUCAUGGCGUCAAGCCAGCGCUAGACAAGUUGUCACCACCCGCAGUCCCCCCUUGGCGAGGUAGUCCCUGGACCAACGGCGAGUGCACAGGUGUCCCCUCUCCAAACCCCGCUGGCCUGCUGUCUUUAGCACGUCUUCCUUCCCCAUGCAAGGUGUUUCUCCCCACCACUGAUUCAGUAGACGAAAGCACAAGCCAGCGGCACGCCGAAUUCGCGAGCCACAGCUGGGUACGUUGGCACCCUGCCGUGAUUUAAUUCCCAGCGUGCCCUAAGGGAGUUGGAGUCCAGCGUCCCCUUUCUGCUAAUCCCAACGAGAUCUGGGUUUCAGGGACUCCCAGGAGUUUGCAGUGUUGCUCAGUUGGGCUUUGAGACUGAAAAGCAGGUUGGCGGGUUGCUGCUGGACGGAGCAGCGGGGUGUCGCGCGAGGCUGAGCUUUCUCGGGAGGAGCAGUCCAGAAUAGUGCCUUAACAAUUUGAGUAAGUGUCUGACCGAUGAGCGAACUCCAGGUGUUUGCUGCGAGUUGUCGCUCUCUUGAACUCUGCAAGCUGGAUCUCGUUGCCAGGAUUAGAGCUGAAGCAAGACAGAUUUCGGUCUCGCUUGAUGGCAUCUUGUCCUCAGACACUUUGCCGGGCCAGAAAAGCCCAUGCGGCUCUCCCAAGCUUUACUUCCCCACCAGGGUUGUGGUGUUGGCAGCUGGUGCUCUCCUCGGCUAUGGUUUGGCUGACAUGGGAUGGUUCUGGUGCAACAAGCACCUUUGGGAGACCAGAGAAGCCUGACUUGCCUGGGCCUCACGGGGGAGCACUGGGGUUGGUUCGAUGAAGCCCCAUAGCACUGACUAGUGUCUGUGUGGCCACGUUGUACUUGGACACUCCUCUUCCCAUACGCUGAAUGACAGUGAGGUUGAGCUGGUCUUUAACUUCACUUAUUCAGUCUUGCUUUGUGCAGGCAGGGGAGGAGCAGAGGAACUGUGGUCUCAAGCGGCUGCCACCUGCCCUGCCUGCAGAGGAAAGUCCAGGAAGAUUUUACUGUUUUUUUUUGUUGUUGUUGAAUGCUGUGAUAUAAGCUGGCUCUCUUGCUGCUGUGAUUUGCCCCAGGAUGUUAUGCACUAGUCUAACCCCAAAGGUGUAGCGUUGCUGCAGUUGCCCUCAUGAGUACCUGCCCAAGGAUGUGUCCGCUUUGGAGCCAAGCGGCUUGGGACCACUGCAGGAGCUGCAGAGCAUCUUGGGCAGAGGCAGUGGGAGGUGAUGACCAAGGCGUGUGGGAUGCUUUGUGGCCGGUGCAUUGCUCCCAGGGCCAGCUCUGCAGUGAGACUGGUAGGAAGGCAAAGGCAAUGCACAUGGACGUGGGCCGUUGGCGUAGGUAAGCUGGGAGUGAGGUUGCUGAGUGGGCUGCAGAAGCCCGCUCUCAUUUGCACCUUGGUCUAGGUGACAGGCAAUAUCGGGGCACUGGUGACUGCGCUGCGUGUGGCUCUGCAAGAAGUCUUGAUAUUUCAUCUCACAGACCAAGUCAGCAAAGCACUUGGGCACUGUUUAACUUGCAGAGCUCAGCACAGGGUUUUAUCUCUGCAGAGCCAGGAGGAUUUAGCCACAAGCUCAGGUGCUUUGCUGAAGGAGGACGUGCAGGAGUGUGAGGCUGAACAGGAUGGGACCGUCGGCCGUUCCUGUGAGUGGUGUUUGAAGUGACGGGUUCGGUGACCGGUGUCCACUUCCGCUUAGUGCACCAAAUGGCACCCCUCGUGCCUGGCAUCCCCUGGCUGCUUUUGAGCUGUUAGCAUUUUAUAGGAACAAUAUGUUUUUCAUUCUUGUGAGCCCCUCAUGUUGGCUGGGAUCCUCUGGAGCAAUCCCUGUUUUGCAAUCAGUCUCCGAGUGAGUGAGUUCACACUCAUUCACAUCUGCUUUGUACGAAGGGAGAAAACUAUGGCUGAGUUGCUUUGAGAUAUUUUACCUUCUCAGAUGGGUCUCAGAUGCUCCUCUGCUGCCCUUCUUCUGUACACGCCCUGAGAUUUAUCAGGAUGGUGCAAUGCCUUUUGAAACGUACCCCCAUGAGGGACUUGGGCGCUCAGCUGUUGGAGCUGUUGGCUUCCUGGAGGGAGCAGGAUCCAAUCUGGAAGAUGAUUGCUUUGGAGGAGUGUGCACCAGAGGUGUUGGAGGGCUUCAGUAGAACUGUCUAUGUCCUCUCCUUCUCUGCUGCCUCCCAGACUCCAUCCCAUGGGACUCCCUUACAUUUCUUUCCCCUCGCCCCCCUAGGCUUUAAGACCAGAUAGGAGCCGCACACUACAAGGAAAGCUAACCUUGCCGGUAUGGUCUUAAUUUUAUGAUGAGACUGUUGGCUUGCCCAGCUGGUAAACUUGGCCGUCUCUUGGCAGUAAAUCCCCACACCAACAUGUGCCCCCUCAGUACUGCUCAUCUGGAGACUGGAUGCCCUGUCCUCAGCCCUUCUUCUCUCCAUAAGGGCUGGUCCCACUUGGAUGUCACCACGAGAUGAGAGAUCCUCCUCAAGGCUAAUGACAUCACGAUCACUUCAGAGAGGAGAAGUGGGAUGGGAGCACUUGCUGGUACUCAUCCCGCAGCAGCUUGGUUUUGCCAUGUGCACAGAAAGCCCGGCGAGCAAUUUUAGCCACGUCUAAUCAUCUUUGAGACCCUGCCCAGAGAGCUGCUUGGAGACGUUGAGAUGUGACCAUGCACACAGCACUUUGGAGAACCAGAUCCCUGCUGCUCCCUCCCCUGCUCCAAGGCCUGGGCAGCUCCUGGAGUCCUACAUGGCCUCUGAACCCUUUUGUCUACACCCUUAUUCAGUCCCUAUGUGUCUCCUGAUCUCUACUUUUCGUUAAUGUAGUAAGACCUGUAAAGAGUCACUCUAGCAGUGUCUCGGCCCAGAUUCAUCCCAGGUCAGACCCCAUUGGCACCUGUUGAGUUAGAUAGGGUGGGAGGCGGGGGAAUUGGGUCCGUUGUUUUCAAGCUUUUUGUAUUUUAUUUUAUUUUUUUAACUCUUGCACCUUAAUCUCUCACAUCCCUUCUUCAACAGACCAUGAGGGUGGAGAGGGGCUUAAUUUCCAUUACGCAGUCAACGAAUACUCUGCAAAGCAACAUUCAGCUGACAACUCUGCCCGCACGCUACCCCCGACCUUGUUUUUUUUUUUUUUUUAUCUUUUUUUUUCUUUCUCCUCUUUGGUUGAACUCUGGGAAAGGAGGGAGUCAUGCGUGAGGGUUGUUUUUGUUUUAUAUAUCCCAGGAGCCUGGUAGCACAGACCAGUUUGCCUCAUAAUGUCCAUGAGGCAUGGCUGGCCCUUCGGACCACAGCCAUAAUCCGAACGCAUUGAGAAGGUGAUGGAUGGACUUCAGGAGGAAACGGCUGUGACAGUGCAAUAGAGAUUAGCAUCCGCUGCUAGACAACUCCACUGAUUUAACUCUUGGUUUGCCAGAAGUCGAGAGGGAAGCACGGACAGACGGACGCCCUUGGUUCACACGGACGGAGACAGCUUUCCCGCACAGCCCUGCCUAGUGACACGUAAACAUGAUGGAGUUGGGUAGAACUUAAAAAGGAAGAAAACAAAAAGGAAACGAAUAAAUAAGAGCAACCUUAAUAGCAUGGAACUUGAAGGAAAAAAAAAUGAAACCCCAAGCACUUGCCUCAAAACUAGUUUCUAAUGCCUGAUAUUUGGCUCUGUAUUAUUUUCUGGCAUUCAGUAUUGGUUGCCCAAACAUGCCAAGUUAAGAGUAUAUCGGUGGCUCUACUAGUGUGAACAAACUUAAUGAAGCACUUUAUUCUGUAUAGAUAAGGGAAGGCGGGGAGGGGAGGGGAAGCUUGGAUGCUUUUCGGAAGCGUCUUAAGUAAUGUUCUAGGAAACGUAUUAUUAUUAUUAUUACUUUUUUUUUAUGACCAUGUGUAAUCAAUAUAUGUUUAACUCCAAGUACAGCAGUUACUCUCUUUGGGAUGGUGUGAUGAAGGGGAGGGUGAGAUGGCCAGGUUAGUCCGUGGGAGGGGAGCCGCUGGGGAAAGGCAUUGCCUACCGCAGGAACCUGCUGGUCUUGCUUCGUUGAAGGCUCUGUUGGCGCACGUCCAGGAGGUCCCAAGAGGUGCAUCAGCGCUGCCUUCAAGGGCACAGCUCACAGACGGCCUCAGCACCAGGGCUGAGAUAGCCAGUCUCCAGCACGUCUCCAUCCUGAGCCAGCUUCUGCCUGGCGGUGCUGGGGCUGCUCUCUGAGCCGCCUGCGAGUGAGGUGAGCCGCAGUGGGCUGUUUUCAUGCGUCUCUAAAGGCUAUGUCCUCAGCCAUGCUAUGAAAACCUGCUUUUGGCCUCUCAUCAAGGCACAUCAGGGGCCGCUGGGCUCUGAAACUGGUGAGAGGUCAGAAUUAGGCCUUUAUCCUGCCUUCUCCCAGUCCGGAAGUGUUAUGACUGUUACCAAAGAGGUUGCAAGUGGAAGGACUGAAUCAAUAAACGAUUGGUCUUUUAUAAAAGAAAA